GACCCUGUGGAUGAGAUGCAGAAGAUGGCAGAGCUGCUGGGGCUCAGGGAUGAGUGCAGGGAGGGGACUUUGGGGGCUCCUGCCCCAGCUGGCUCCUGCCUUGCUGACAACAGACUGAACCUGGAUGUUUAUCCUGACGGCUGCCGCCGUUUCCUCCAGCUGUUUGAGGAGCAACAGGGAGAGCUGGUCCAGGUUGAGUUCCUCCGGCUCAGCAGCAACGAUUGCCUCCUUGACACCACCCUGGGCAGCCUUCCUCAUCUGAAGCACCUGAAAUCCCUGGUGCUUAAAGGUGGCCAUGCUAGGGAUGAGUUUGGUUCCUAUCAGCAUGGCUCCCUGACAAGCUUGCCACCAGACUUUGGGAACCUCAGGUGUCUCACCCACCUGGAUCUCAGCUUCAAUAGACUCUCCACCUUGCCAAGCUGCAUUCUCCACCUCCCCAGCCUCCGUGUGCUCAUGGUGAGCCACAACAGCCUGGUGACACUUCCUGAGGACUUUGGCUGUCUGAGCAAACUGACUUUCUUCUCUGCAAUGAAAAAUCAGCUGAAGGACUUACCUCAGAGCAUUGGAGAGCUGUCAAUGCUGCAGGAUCUGAAUCUCUCAGAAAAUGCUUUGGAAUUGCUCCCUGAAGAAGUUGGGAAUCUGCACAACUGCACAGAGCUGGAUCUCUCUGGGAAUCGCUUAUUGAGCAUCCCAGACUCCCUAGCCAAUUUGAAGUCUCUGCAUCGGCUGCAUCUGCACAGCAAUCUCCUGGUGACAGUCCCUGCCUGUCUUGCCAGCCUGCCCAACUUGUCCAGACUUGAUCUGCAGAACAACAGCCUGCGUGCCAUCCCUGCUGAGAUCCAGGCCUUGCCGUUCGUGCACGUCCGUGGCAAUCCCUUGGGAGAAACGGAACCGUCCCCGCAGGCUGAUAAAUCCAGUACCAGAAGGCUUAAAAGACUCUUCCUUGCAUCAGGAGAGGGCAGCUUUACUGUCACCUCUGAAGGCUGCAGAGUGGUCCUGGCCUGUGGCAUCCAUUUCUACUUUCCUCCGGGGGCUGCCUCUGCUCCUCUGCGGAUCCACUUCCGAUCCCUCACGCCGGAUCCGCAGUGGGUGAAGCUGAGACACCACGAUGUCCUGCUGAGUAGAGUCCUGGAGCUGCAGCCUCAUGGCAUCCAAUUCCAGCAGGAGGUGCAGAUCUGGAUGCCAUUUAUCUCACCUCAAACCUCUCACCAGCAUGAGGUGGUGGUUCGGACCUUCAGUGGGCAGAGCUGGAAUGAUCUGAAAACGAGAGUGAAGCAAAAGAGAAAAUCAAAGAAGUGUGUGGCCCACUGUUGUGUCCUUCACUUCUCUUGGUUCCUUGUUGUGUCUCGACUUGUCCAAAACGAAUGCAAAGUGCCAGCAGAGGGGACAUUGCUCUUUUCCAGUGUGGAUCCAAACAUCAAAGUGAUCUUUCCUCCUGGAGUCACCCAAGAGCCUCGUAGUGUCAAGCUGCAGGUGCUGCCAGUCUCUGCAGAAGAGAUAGAGGAAAUCACAGCCCAUGCAGAGUGCAGAGCCAGUCCCCUGCUCUACCUCUCCCAGGACUCCACAAUGGAUUUUCUCAAGCCAGUGAGAAUUCAGCUGCCUCUUCCACCCGGAGUCACAGGGCUGAAUUUGGAUCGGUCAAGGCUGCAUAUACUCCACGGUGACCUGGAGGGCCAAACCUGGAAUGACAUCACCAGUGAGGUGGUGCUGGAAUUCACCCAUCUUUAUGCAGUGUUUGAAGUCACUCACUUCUCCUGGUACUGGCUGUGGUACACCACCAAGACCUACAUUGGAGGCAUUGCCAAGAAGGUCUAUGAGCGGCUGCGUCUGUACCAGGUGAACUUCAUUGUGCUGCAGAGGAAGAGGGAUCCCGAGCAAGUCCUGCUGCAGUGUGUCCCCAAGCACAAGGUUGACCCAGUGCUGAAGAAGCUGCAGGACCGCUAUCGAGGACCUGAGCCAUCCGACAUGGUGGAGAUGUUUGAGGGAGAGCAAUUUUUUGCAGCUUUUGAGCGAGGCAUCAGCAUUGAUAUGGAUCGCCCUGACUGCGUGGAUGGACGUCUCUCAUUUAUUUUUUACUCCCACUUGAAGAACAUGAAGGAAAUCUAUGUGACCUCCCCUGUGGACAGAAAAGACCAAGCUGUAAAAGGCCAGGUCUCUUUCUACCGAGGAGCAGUUCCAGACACCAUCCCUGAAGAUGCCAGCAGGAGGAGAAAAGGUCCAGACUCCCUCUGGCUUGCUACUCUGCCCAUCAAACUACCUCAACUGAAACCCCGGUGGGAUGAGAACCCCAGUCCCCUGUAUGGCUUCUCCUUCCCUCCCUUGAACCUGGGCAAUGCUGAGACUGGCUACCUGACACAGGCAAACCUGCUGAGCAUUGCUAGGCGUGUGGGAGCUGACUGGCAGAGCAUUGGCCUCAACCUGGGCCUGACCUACCAGCAGAUUGAGCGGAUAGGAUACAAUAACAGAGAGGACCUCAAUAAGCAGAUCCUGGACAUGCUUUUCUCGUGGGCUCAGCAGAACUCAGAGGACCCUGACUGUGUGAGCAAGCUGAUCAGAGCCCUGAAAGAGAGUGGCCGCCAGGACAUCGCUGAUGAGGUGGAAGCCAUCGUUGAGCUGGGGCGGCAGAAAUACAGCGAGUCCAUCCGCCGGCUGGGCCUGGAGCAGGAGAGCAGCACUGAGGACUCUACAAUAGCUGUGAUUAGCACCUAG